GGAGGAAAAAUAGAAGUGGCAAGAUAAGAUACCAGAAUGGAGGUGUUUAUUUAAGUGGUGUCAUGUCUCUGGCACAUACUGACCACAGUCCAGCUGAGCUGCUUGUUUUGGUGGGGGACACGACGACACCUCACAGGAGCCCAGAGUGGAACAAGAUUGGAGGGACCAAAAUAGCUGUUCCGCUUGUUCGUUGUGAACCAAAGGAUUAGUGGAGCUUCUUUUCCCUUUUGUCCUGCUCCUGUGCUGCAGUCCUGACUGCCUUUCGCUUCCAGCCAUGAAUAAACAGGUGACUCUGGCCACCUGCAUUGCUAAGAUGUAUGAAGGCGGGAAGCUGGACAGUUCUGGGGCUGCGGCUGGAAAGCCGAAGAAGGCCAGCCCGACCCUCCUGGGCACUUUGGGCGACGUGGAGGAUAAGCUGAGCCUUCUGGAAGGUAAGGUGGAAAAGAUUGCCAACACUCAGACAGUGGUGCUUCAGAAGCUGGACUUGGUGUCUCAAGGAAUGGAUGCCCUGGAAAAGAACCUUGUCCAGUUCAAACAGGACAUGCUAGGACGAUCUGUCGUAAAACCCACUCAGAAAGAUGCAAAACAAGCGGGCGGCGAAGUGGCAGAGGUCAGGAGUCUUUGUGAAGAAACUGUGGCGCUGCUGAAGAACCUCAAGCAAGAGGGCCAGGUGCAGAGAAAGAAGAUUGAGGGAAUAGAAAGUUCUGUGUCCACUCUGGAUAAAGUGCUUGGGUACGUGGGUGAAGCCUUUCGCAGCUCCAAGAUAGUGGAGUUCAUUCUCAAUGGCGUGGUGCCAUGGAGGAAGCAAGGCCUUCUGGACACGGCAGAGGAGGAGAAAAACAUAUCAGACGAUAACACAGCGAAGGCGAAAGCACCUCUCAGCCAUCAGGGGACUCAGACUCCAGAGGAGAUUAAUGAGGAAGCUGCAGUCCUGUAUGAGUGUGAGGGGCAGGAGGUGACUUCUUCAGCCUCGGCUGGUCUAUUCCCGGCUGGACCAGAGGAGGCCCCACGUGUCCCGGACGGAGCAGAGAUGUGUGCAGGUAAAGCUCAGCGGCGGAUGAAGGAGGUGACAGUGAAGAGCAGAGAGCCCAGCAGAGUUCAGGCCUUCGCUCCUCCGAGGCAGCCUCAGCCUCAAACAGCUCCAGGAACUCAGCCUUCAGAGACUCGGAGCGUGCCCACAACUGAGCAGGAUGCCUCAGUUUCCCAGCCGGAGAGACGAACAGAAGCCCGAGAGCGACCAUCUCUGAACUGUUCUGCACAAGAGGAGCCGAAACAGGAGCUGGAAGCGGAGCAAAGGAAAGCAGACGUCCCUGGGGAACCACGGCUCCUCACCGAGCAGCACAUGCCUGUCAAAGAGAACUUGGAACCUGGCUUGCAGCAGAAGGAGACAGUUGCUCUGGCAACUCCACGGCCAAAAGGGGCCGAGCGUGAGCCAGAAUCUGAACCUGUCACCCAGGAAACCAGUACAGAGGAAGCUGGCACGAUUCUGGAAAAACCUGCCACAUACCAGAACAAAUCUGAGCCUGCCAAAGAAAGUUCUGUGCCACAGAGUGGGACGAGUUCUGCAGCACAGAGUGGGACGAGUCCUGCAGCGCCGAGUGGGACGAGUCCUGCAGCGCAGGGUGGGACGAGUCCUGCAGCGCCGAGUGGGACGAGUCCUGCAGCGCAGGGUGGGACGAGUCCUGCACCAGAGAGUGGGACGAGUCCUGCGCCAGAGAGUGGGACGAGUCCUGCGCCAGAGAGUGGGACGAGUCCUGCGCCAGAGAGCGGGACAAAGUCAAAAUCAGGAAUUCUCAGUAAAGGAUCUGAACCACAGCUCCUGAUCAUUGACGACUGCCCGCCUCGGCCGGCCCCGUUUGAGCACCGCAUCGUCAGCGCCAAGCAGGUUCCCAUGGGCUCCUAUUACGAGGUCAAGCCUAACGAGCUGCUGGGAGGGGGGCGUUUUGGACAGGUGCACAAGUGUGCUGAGCUCUCUUCAGGACUUACUUUGGCUGCCAAGAUCAUAAAAGUGAGGGGGAUGAAAGAAAGGGACGAGGUGAAGAAUGAGAUUGGGGUCAUGAACCAGCUAAACCACGUGAACCUCAUCCAGCUGUACGAUGCGUUUGAAUCUCGCACCAACCUCACCCUCAUCAUGGAAUACGUGGAGGGGGGCGAGCUGUUUGACCGCAUCGUUGACGAGCAUUACCAGCUGACGGAGCUGGAUGCGAUCGUCUUCACCCGGCAGAUCUGUGAGGGCGUCCAGUAUCUCCACCAGCAAUACAUCCUGCAUUUGGACCUGAAGCCUGAGAACAUACUGUGUGUUAACAACACCGGGAACCAGAUCAAGAUCAUUGACUUUGGACUUGCCAGAAAGUAUCGUCCCAGAGAGAAGCUGAAGGUAAACUUUGGAACCCCCGAGUUCUUGGCGCCGGAAGUGGUCAAUUACGACUUUGUGUCGUUCCCUACAGACAUGUGGAGUGUUGGCGUCAUCACAUAUAUGCUUUUAAGUGGCCUUUCCCCAUUCCUGGGUGAAAGUGACACAGAGACCAUGAACAACAUCCUUCAUGCUAAUUGGGACUUUGAUGCUGAGGCGUUUGAAAAUGUGUCAGAGGAAGCCAAAGAUUUCAUCUCCAGACUUCUCGUACCAGCCAAGUGCAGUCGUCUGAGUGCGUCGGGCUGUAUGAAGCACAGCUGGCUGAAUAACCUGGAGGAAAAGGCCAAGAGACACAGGGUUCGACUCAAGUCCCAGCUGAGACUUCAGAGCUACCUAGCAGCUCAUCGGCAGUGGAAGAAACACUUCUAUGCAGUGGCAGCGGCCAAUCGACUGAAGAGGUUCCAGCAGAACAGGUCUGUUAGCACGCCAUAGCCUGAGGAAACUGGACCUUCUGAGUGAAGAGCUGGACCUUCUCUCUGUCUCUGAUGUCCACCUCAAUGGGCAAUUGCCCUUUAGGGGGCAAGUGCUUUUGAAGAAUACUGGACUGUCACAAAAUGACCCUAGAAACUGUGCAGUGAAGGGAGUGUUUUCAUUUUGUAGUUAGUGAGUGAAAGAAAAUGACAUUCAUUUGCAGACUCAACUGAAAUGUUUCAAAGUCUGUUUAUCAAUUACAUAAAUA